AAGGCGGGGCCAUUGUCUCCGAGGAAGAAAGAAGGCUUUUAGCUCAACCGUCGUCGCCAUUUUUGACACGUUAAAGCCACGGAGAGAGUUGCGUGAUUACCUUCACAACUCUUAUUUUGUGCUAUUUUAAACAUAUUCGAUAAUACGGAUCGAUGUCUCGAUUUCAUAAUAACCGCGGCGGCAUGGGGAUGAAUCAAUUUCAGCCUCGCCGAGGUGGUGCAGUCGGCGGUCCCAUGCGGGGUAGCAUAAUGGGAAGCCCCAAUUUCAGAAAUCACCCUUUCCAGAACCAGAAUCGCCGGGGAGGAAACAAUAACUUCAACAGAGGACAGCAGUCGAGUCCCCAGAAGCCACAAAACAACCAGGGCUUGGCAAUCAUCCCACCGCCGACCCCCGGGCCGGCUCUCACCAUGAAAGGCCCGAUGGACAAACAGCAGGAGCAAGAAAAGCCCACGACCCCCGCGACGGAGACCAAGGUCCAGCCCAAGCAAGAAAUCACAUCGCCCCAGCCGAAACAGGCCGCCAAGAACCCGCAGCUCAAGUCACCAAGUGGAAAUGCUAACGCACCACCGCAACCGCCGCCGCCACAACAGCAGCAAAAUCCAUCGACGCUCAUGAGUCCCAAGUCAGGGCCGCAGCAAAACCAACAGGAUCAGAAGCUAGGCCCGCAACCGAUCCAACAGAACCAGAAGGCAGGACAGCAGCCGAACCAACAGAACCAGAGGGGAGGCCAACAGCAAAAUCAACAGAACCAGAGGGGCGGAGGCCAACAUCCAAAUCAACAGAACCUGAGGGGAGGCCAGCAUCCAAAUCAGCAGAACCUGCGGGGAGGCCACCAUCAACAUCAGCAGAACCAGAGGGGAGGCAUGCAGCAACAGAACCAGAGGAUGGGCCUGCAGCAGAACCAACAGAAUCAAAGGCCCGGUCCCAAGACGGGGCCUCAGUUUGUUAAUAAGCCGGAGCAAGGGCAGACGGAGCAGCAGGAAGCCCCGGGCAUGAGCUCAGACGAGAGUCAAGCAAAGCAGGAGUUCAAGGCGUCACUGUCCAUGUUGCUGAAGCCCGGCGAGAAAACGUACACACAACGAUGUCGCCUGUUUAUCGGCAACCUCCCCAGUGACAUGACUGAGGAGCAUUUCAGGAAGAUUUUCUCCAAGUAUGGAGAGCCCAGUGAGGUCUUCAUCAACAAAGGGAAAGGCUUUGGUUUCAUCCGACUGGAGUCUCGUGCGCUUGCUGAGAUAGCGAAAGCUGAAUUGGACGACCUGCCGAUGAAAGGCAGAAGCCUCCGCGUCCGCUUCGCCACGCACUCAGCGGCCCUUUCCGUGAAGAACCUGUCUCCUUUCGUGUCCAACGAGCUCCUGGAGGAGGCCUUCUCCCAGUUCGGGAUGGUUGAGAGGGCCGUCGUCAUUGUUGACGACCGCGGGCGCUCCACCGGAAAGGGCAUUGUCGAGUUUGCCUCAAAGCCCGCUGCUAGAAAGGCCUUGGACAGGUGCAACGAGGGCGUCUUUCUGCUCACCUCGUCACCGAGGCCCGUAGUUGUGGAGCCUCUUGAGCAGUGUGACGAUGAAGACGGGCUUCCCGAGAAGUUGGCACAGAAGAACCCCAGAUACCAAGCAGAGCGAGAGGAGCCCCCGCGCUUUGCCCGCCCCGGCACCUUCGAGUACGAGUACUCCAAGCGUUGGAAGUCACUGGACGAAAUGGAGAAGCAGCAGAGGCAGCAGGUGGAGAAGAAUAUGCAAGAGGCUCGCGAGAAGCUCGAGAGCGAGAUGGAGGACGCCUACCACGAGCAUCAGGCGAACAUGCUCCGCCAGGAUCUGCUGAGGCGACAGGAGGAACUGCGGCGCAUGGAAGAGCUGCACAGUCAGGAGAUGCAAAAGAGGAAGGAGAUGCAGUUGAGACAAGAGGAGGAGCGUCGCAGGCGAGAAGAGGAAAUGCUUCGCAAGCGGGAGAUGGAGGAACAAAUGCGUCGCCAGCGCGAGGAGAACUACAGGAUGGGCAAUUUCAUGGAUAGGGAGAGAGAAAUGAGAAUGAGUUCUAGUGGUGCAAUGGGCAUGGGAGAUAUGUCCUUUGGCGCCGUUACACAGAACUUCUCCAUGAGUGGGAUGGGAUUUGAGGGGCAGCAGGCUAUGGGAGCGUCUCCAGGAAGCCAGAUGAGCAAUGACAUGCGCAACGAGCGUUUCACUCAGGGCGGCCCCCGAGGAAUGGGUCCUGGUAACGGCUCUUAUGGCAGGGUCCGCGAAGAGUUUGACGGUCCCGCUAAGAAAGCUCGUUUUUAAACGCUGUCCCUUGACGCUCCUCGCUGCAGCGUUUUUGUACAGAUUCUCCUAAAACCACAAAUAUCAUGACUCAGUUUGUAUUUAAGUUCCAAAUGUUCCAGCAUUUUAUUCUGACACUUCAGUCAGUGUACUCUUUUUAUUUUGUAUUGUCAUUAGUAUAGGAAGAUUAGUUUUCCCGUUAGCUGUAUUUGAUCCCUGUAUAAUUCUUUUCUAGAUUGUACUGUGUUGUGAUUCGUCGUGAAUUGUGAUUUUUCUGAUUCUCAAUUCUCCAUGGCUUUGUUUGUGCCGUUCAGUUCAAAAGCAUGUGUUACAAUAAAGACAAAUGGGUUGAAUUUGGCCAAACCUAAUAUUUAUUCUUGCAUUGUUCAAAAACAGCCAAGCAGCAGUUGGUUGUCAACGAAAAUAACUCAUUAGGUUCUGCCUGCGAAUAUUCUCCUUGAUUCAAGUCAUUUCAUUCUCAGGGCAUUGAAUCGAUCGCAACCUAACUGUUCUGGUUGUCCGACCAGGCGUCAUCAAUUCAUGCAACAAGACUUACGACAAACGAGUCCGGUUUGUCUGUCAUUGGGUUCUGUCAUCGCGCUAACUUCAUUUAGUGCUUAAAUGCAUUACUCGUACUCCAGUGACCCUAAGUAUCAAAUCUUUCUGUAGCAAGGCUAGUCAGAGAUAUUUUGCAUAACUCAUAUAAUCGAGUCAACUAUAAUAUACAGUAUCUAUAAUAGUAGUUUUUCCCUAUUCAUUCAUAUUUUGAGAGAGGGUAGUCAAUUAACCUGGGAAUACAUUCUAUCCUUUUCCAGCUCACUUUGACCAAAACAAUCACAGGUAACUUAAAAUGCUGGCAGUGAAAAGGCCGGUUUAGGGUUGAGUAGAGUAGGCUUGACUGCUCACAUUGUAAAAUUGAGCAUGCAACAUAAGACAAUAGAACAUACUUUAAAAAAAAAAAUAGACAAUAGAACUACUCAGACACAAAAGUUAAGUGCUCAAGUAUCAUGCCGCGUUGAAUGCCAAGGAAUAAAAAGGGGUUUUAAAAACAGACAGUAAAGGGGCUUGUGGAAUGUGACUGAUGUGCACCGGGAGGUCAUUCUGUCGUAUGGGACCAGCUACAGUAAGCCUCCUAUGCCCUGUAUGCCGCCACGAGCAGCUGGUCAGCUGACCCGAGGCGUCGGGCAGGAGCGUAGGGAUGGAGCGGCUCAGAGAGGUAAGACGGAGUGAGACCAUUUUGAGAUUUUAAAUCAAAAAGCAGUAUAUUAAAAUGAAUGCUAAAGUGCACAGGCAAAAUAGGACUUAUGUGCUCCCUCUUCCGUGUUCCAGUUAAGAGGUGAGCAGCAGCUUUUUUAUCCCUGCGGAAAAUCCACUUUGUGUAGUCGAAUUCCUGACAAGUCAGGAAUUCAUCUGAUUGUUGUACAACCGAUCCAAUCUCUCCUUGUUCCCUGUACACACGAUGCAACAAACCAUGGCUGACAUGACCUGAUUUAAAAGUGAGCUGUUCAGGCUUGACUGGCCCAGUGAACGCCCAGCUGUAGUGGUACUGUUGUACAACUUGAUAGCGGUCAUUAGGAAUUCCAUUUGUGUCACACUUGGCAUGAAACGACAGAUUUGUUCAAACAUAAUUUGAUGUCCACUGUCUUGAUUGACAGUCCUGCAAGCUAUUACUCAUCGUCAAACUUUAGAGACUGCCCAAGGAAAGCAGUUAUACCAUAUACAUAAGUAUAAGCUGUAAGAGCAGUUAUAUAGGUCAACCAGACAUCAUAUUUUAUUUUUUUCUCCUACUCGUCAUAAUCCCAUUAAGGGGAAAUUCAAAUAACACUUUGCUAUUCAAUUUUACCGCACACCACACAGAGGACCAGAUCACACACAUGGAGGUGCGCAAAGAGCGCUGCACCACGUGAGCUUUUUCAAGGGCACCUCGGCAGUAGCCAGCAAGCUGAUUAGCAUCGAACAUUUGCCAUUGCCAUUUUUUCACUUUGGUCUGAAGCGUAAGCCCAAGUUCUUAAAGUGCAGUCAAAACUGCUGUCUUGUGUACUUGGAAGCUUUGUGAGAAAGUACCCGUAUGCCUUUAUCAGAAUGUUCAUCUGUUUUGUGCCAUGCUUCCUUUCACUGGCUGGAUUAAAGAAGACAAGACAUUCUCCAGAGGAAGACUGUCGCAAACGUUGUCUUGGUUGCUUAAUCAGAAGAUUGCAUAAGACAGUGGAAGUUCAUCUCCUCCUUCUAAGGACGUGGUUUGUCCUACAUUUCUUUUUACUCCAUCUCUGUACGCUCUUUACAUUUAUUGACAACUGGAGGUAUUUAAAGUUUAAGAUUCUUAGGUGAUCUAUUGCAGUAGAGCCUUUAAUCGGUAGUACUUAUUAGUGCUGCCUUCCUAUUUGCCGCUGUCCGAUGACAUGUAUUUCUUAACUAUUAGCUGUGGGACCAGAAACCUGAAUCUGUAUUGAUAUAUGCAGUUACGAUGGCAAUUUAAAAAAAAAAAAAAAAAUGUGUGUGUGUGUGUAUAUAUAACUGGAAUACAAGAUAAUCCUAGCGGCAAUCGACUCUUCUUCUUUACUCGGCUCAUAUAAAUAAAGACUGUGUUUAGAGUCUGUGUGUCUGGCAGCCUUUGAAGAUGCGCUCUAAAAACACCCAUUGGUUGAUUAGAUACACCAGGUACACACUUAGGAAACGACUGCUCAUCAUCUCAUUGGGUUAAGAACGUUAAAGAAGUAGUGCGCUUUGGGUGGAGCAUGUCAUCGGAGAACUGACAAACCGUCGUCUGUUGACCAGAUCAGCGCCACGUUGGACAUUCCAGGAUUGGUUGUUCCACUGUGGCAUUUGCUUGUGUAACUCUUUCAAAAGGUAAAAGACCCUCCCACUAACAUACUUGUACUGCCAUCAUGGCUGCAUUCAUCUCCAAAGCUCAUCCAUUCAAAAUGUUUUGGAAAUGUAACAUAUAUAUAUAUAUAUGACUUAAUAUUUGAUUUGUCCAUCCCCCGUUUGAUGUUAUUUUCUGAAACCAGCACGUUCAGUUUUGUGUUUGUUGGCGAUGGCUUGACAGCACAAGUUUUAAGUAGUUAUCAUUUCCCUUUUUCAAAUUAGGUUUCCCCUUUAAAGGUCAGAGGACAAAGAUUUAAACAUUUUCUUGAUAACUCUAGAUCCCCUUUACAAACCACAUCUGCCAUUUCGAAGAGAUUAUAUAGCAGAUAUACAGGUAAAUCGAUAAAUAUGAUUCAGAAUGCGCUUUCUGCUUUUUGCAUCCCGCGCCUUCCGGUCUUCGGCUCUAUCCGGCGCUGUGACGUCACACGAGCCAAACGGCCUGAUCGUUCGCCGUUGUGUGCUAUUGUUCCAUGCUGCUGUUCCCGUCCUUGUAUAUUUGUUGUUGUAUGAUUUAACGAUGUCACAAUGGUUUAUUUUGUGGCAUUUGGUUGUACAAAUAGUUCAGGCAGUGGCAAGAGUUUAUUUUUUAUUUUUUGGGGGGGGCUUUCCAAUUGAAAAAGGAAUAAGUGACCAGUGGCUAGGGAACGUAAUCGACAGUGGAAGAAACGGGGUUAGCGCUGGGUGCAUAGCAAGCAUUCCAAACUCUGUGCUAAUCACUUCGAACCAGCGUGUUUUGAGAAAGACUUGGCAGAAAGCAUUGGAUACAGAGGUAGAGGCUGAAACCCGCUGCGGUGCCAACAAUUUUUUUCGACAGCCAUCGGGACCUCAAUCGCUAGAAAGAGAACUAAAUCUCGCAGCGGCGCAGACAAGAGGUGAAGAUUUCCUUGUAUAUACCUACGACUCUGUUAUGGUUACUAUGCAAUGGGGAGUAGGAAAAAGAGACCCACGCGAUACUUUUAGUACUGUCGUCUGUACUUUUGCCUAUAUGACAAGCCAACAGACACUGCAAAGACUUUCUGUGUGGCAUGUUAUACCGCUACUCAAGCGAGGGGCACACAAUAUAUAGGAAUACUGCAUACUAUGUAAAAGCCUGUGCCGUGUCACUGAAACUUUUAUGAAUAUAUAAUGCGUAUAGUCGUUCUAAAAAAUAAUUUUGAGCCAGGACUGUAUAACAAGACAUGCUUUCGACAUAGCGUCACAUGGAGGCAGUGGCCACUGUUGAACAGCUGCUACUUGGCUGCUCGUCGUCGUCACUGUUCCGACCUCCUGAUCGACUCAAACGUACGUUUUGACGAUGCCAAGUUCAGUUGGGUGCUCCUGUACGUCGAAAUCCUCCCCCUCCUCAUAUUUCAACACGUUGCUCGCCAUUGCGUAUAGCGUGUAGCGCGCUGUGUUUGUCAAUUGCAACGUCACUUCUGGUAGCCCUUGCGGUGGCUAGAGUAACUGCAACCUGGUGUCUUGCGCUUCGGCUAUGUUCGGGGAGGCCCCAAUAUGUGUCAAUAAAAAGGAAAUUUUUAGCUAGGCUAUGGUUGAAAACUUGCUGGAAGUUACAUGCAUGUAUUACAUAACAUAUAAAAAAUGCAAAUAUUAAUUUUAACUGACCCCAUAACAUCUUUGUCAUCUGACCUUUGUUUGGUGGGCGAUCCGUAAAUGGUGCCCAUUUUAGGACGUCUUAUCAGUUAUUUCUUAAAUUGCUCAACUUUGAAAUCAAUUCGAUCCCAGUAUGGUCCAUGAAAGGGAUUCAGUAACAAAGGAGAGGAACAUUCCAAGUACAUCUGUCAUAAGCUCUACACCAAGUAAAUUAUAGUUAUGUUUUAGCAAUUGGAUAUCAUGUAGUAUUUUCUGCAAUGUUACUUUGAUGUGCUCUUUACAUUCUUUCUUUAACAGGUUUGACGGACUAUAAAGGUUUUGGACUGUGGAGGAAAUUGACGCUGUGUAGUCCUUUAGCAAAGCUAUUAAACCUCAAGCGAGAUGCGAUGGUAAAUUUUGUCAGGCUGCAUUUGGCUUUGGAGUCAAUGUAGCGGCAAUGGAAAAUUGGUAGGUAACUUGCAUGACAAAUUUUAUGUUAACGUCUUCUUGAACACGCAAGUUCACUUAAAGAGGUUGAUCGUGGUUCGAGUACCAGCUUGUAUGUCCCCAAUGUUUAGAUCAUUCAGUAGUCAACUAGUCCUGUACAGUUUCAAAAAGGCUCCAAAGACCUGAUAAAAUCCUAUAUAUGGAAAAAAAAACAAAAACUAAAACUUGAGUGGACGCAUAACGAUGGAUGGAAACUGUCUCGGUCUCGUGGUUUUCGUGUUCUACUUUUUAAGUGUUUGGGGAGCAUUUAAUUUGGGUUAUUUUAUUAUGGUGCAGUAAUUCCUUCCACUGCAGGUUUUACAGUCCACUCUACGAAAUCUUGACUGGCUCCUCAACUCUACAACCUUAAUCUACUACAAUGGUACCUCGACUUACAAGUGACCUCGCUUAACAAUUUUUAUUUUUCCCCAAAUACGAGCUACUGCGAACUUUACAAGCAGCAGUUUGGGGCAGAUGGUGAGCAAUUCUUUCAAAGAGGUGAAGUCCUUGCUUCAAUCUGUUCAUUUCCACUCCUAGUGAGUUUACUGUAAAACCUUGUAGUUAACCAAAUAGCACUCAACUUUGUCUGAUUAAAAUCUGCUAGCUUAAUGCUAACGCACAAUGCAAAAGUUCUUAGGCUAACAAAUCUAGCUUUGGUGUCACGGCGUUGUAACCCUUUUAAGCAACAGAUAUUUGAACACAGUGCAGCAACACAUGUCGACAUGCAAUAUAACAAUACUCGCAGGCAUAUAUUCUUUAUCCUCUCUGAAGAACCACUAAGACUGCAGCUUCCUGAGCAGUUAGGACGAUCUUCUUCUGUAUUAUACUUAACCCCUGGUGGCCAUGGCACGCACACCUGAAGCAGAUGAGGAAUGCAUUUUAAUUAUGAUUGAUCUUUACGUUCUUACUGUGUUUUUAUAAAGUUACAGUACUGUUGAGUGCUGUUUUUCUGAUUUAUUUUUGUUUAUUUUAUGGCCGGCUGAAACGCAUGAAUGGCAUUUCUGUUCCUUUCAAUCGGGAAAGAUGAUUCGAGUAUUAUGAGCGCGAUCGCAGAAUUCAAUUCGUAAGUCGAGGCACAACUGCAUUAUAGUGGCGAUACAAGACCAGCUCGAUCACAUACAUUGUACUUGCACUUUUGGUAAUGUAGUUUUAUGACUCAGAUGAAAAGUUGAUAGAAAACGCUUACUAUAAAGUAUUGUAGCUGGGAUUCUUAAAUACUGAACGUUGAAGUUGCAUGAUAUACAUGAUCUUUAAAUAGCCUGGUAACAUCUCAUGCAACUGGUUUUGUAUUACAUUAUCAUCCAUUUGUCUUUUACAGAACAGCACUUGAGCUAAUUGCGCAUUUAAAAAAAAAAAAAAAAGGACAAAAAAAAAACUGAAUGUUCUGUGUGCUGUACAGUUUGUUUUCUUUAACAGGUUUGUCCAUCUUUAAGGUGAGAGAGAACAAUCCAAAGCAAGAAAUUCAGUCUGUGCUGACUACAGAUGAACCAAUGAUUUAAAAAAAAAAAAAAAAAAAAAAAAAAAAAAACUGCAGUAGUUUGUGUGUAGCACUUGAGUGGUGUGGAUGAUGAAAAAGGUAUGACAUAAUCUCAUUCUCUCAAAAUAGGUGUUGUCAAUGCUCAUAAGUCAUUAACGUCUGGUGUUAACAUCACUUAUUAGUGUGACUCCUUUCAAAUGAAUAUCAGAAUUUCAUUCUCCCUUAAAGAGAAAUUAGCAGGAGAACAAGGUACAAAAUGACAUAAGCAGUGAGAAUAAGACCAUUAAAAGUCAAGCAGAAUAAAAAAAAAAAACCCACAAUAAAAGCACCAUCGUACACAGUAUCAUAAACAAGUGUGCAGUCCAAGAGAUCAUGCCAAAAAUAAAAAAUACCUCAGUGCAGA